AACUAAAAGAUCAAAGCCAAUAGCAAUGGCUGCUCUCAUAAGAAAACAGCAGAAAGCCUUAAGCUUCAGCGACAGAGCCUUCAAAAGUCUCGGCGACCUCAUCAAGCUCCUACCAAGCGGCACAGUCUUCCUAUUCCAGUUCCUCAAUCCCCUCGUCACCAACAACGGUCACUGCAGCACCGUCAACAAAUACCUCUCCGGCGCUCUCCUAGCCAUUUGCGGCUUCUUCUGCUGUUUUUCCACCUUCACUGACAGCUACGUGGGAUCCGACGGGCGGGUUUACUAUGGGAUCGCGACGAGGACCGGGUUAUGGACUUUCUCCGACCCGGACGCGGCCGGGAGGGAUUUGUCAAAGUAUAAGUUGAGAGCAGGCGACUUUGUGCACGCGGUUCUGUCGGUUGUCGUGUUUGCGGUGGUUGCGUUGCUGGAUGCGGACACGGUGAGGUGUUUUUACCCGGCUGCGGAGGCGGAGGAGGCGGUGCUGGUGAAAGUGUUGCCGACGGUGGUGGGCGGGAUGGUGAGUACGGUUUUUGUGGCGUUUCCGAAUCAGCGUCAUGGUAUUGGGUAUCCGCCGGCGACUUCGCCGGAGGAGGAUUAUUAAGUUAUUUAAAAAAAAAAUUGCUGUGUGCUUAAUAGUCGUUGGAUUUGAAAAAAUUGUGAUAUAUAGCGUUCGUUAUUUUAAUGUAAAUUUAAAGACCGUUCAAAAAUUUUUUUUUUUUUGGGAAAUUAUGGGCAUAGCCCGACCGUUAAAUUAUCUUGAUGUAAAAAUUUUCACUUAUUUGUUUA